GUGAUAUAAUCGUUACAUUACGCAUAAAAAUGCAUUUAAAAUCAGAAUUAAUUUUCACUUCGUUUGUAUAUAUAACUAUAAUUAGACUUAUCAGAUCUCAAAACUUACAAAGUCCUUGUCCAGAUGUGUUCCAAUAUAGAUUCAACGAACAAGUAGGACUUUAUGGAGAAUUACAAAUAAUUACAGAACCUACAAACUAUUUACAGUUAAAUCUGCAGAUGUCUAUAGGAAAUUCUGUCAAGAGCUACAAUGGUAAAUUGGAAUUGGCGAAUUAUAAAACGGCAGCAGCAACUAUAGCCAACGGUCAACCACUUCUCUAUUACCUAUAUUUUCCCGUAUGGUACCAUAUAGCGCCAAAAAUUACACAGAUCCUGGUUAAUGGGAAUUUAAUUUGUAGCGGACCUAAAAUUCCAAUGAAUUCAGUGCCGAUUAUAACAACGGUGAAUUUACAGCAUACGUUGAAGAUCAAUGUACAGCCUUUAUCUACAUCGAAUAUGCCGCCCGAAAAUAAUUUAAUCCCAGUGAGGGAUAAUUCCAAUAUGAAUUCGAAUGAACCUACUGACGUUCACUAUUACCAGUUAGAUGAAUAUGGAAGACCCAAACCACCUGUUAAGGAGCCAAAUAAAAAUAAAUUUAAUUUCAAUCCUACACUACCACCGAAUCGUCAAGAUUUCAGGCCAAUACCGGAUCCACCUGGAGCCAGAUCUCCACCAUCUGAAUCAUCUAACCAACCUCCACCACCUCCUCCGCCUGGUCCAUCAAGGCCACUUCGACCACCUUCACCUUAUGGACCACCUGAAGUGCAUCCACCACCUCCGGAAUAUGGACCACCUGGACGACCACUCCGACCUCCACCAUAUGGCCCCCCAGAAUCGCAUCCACCCCCUCCACCGCAUGGACCAUCUCGAUCACCUCCCCCACCUCCGGUUCAUGGACCGCGUCCAUCACCACCACAAUCGGAAUCAAUACCACAACCCCCCGCACCGGUAUCUGAGCCUUCUGUAACUGGACCCCGACUAAAUCCUUCAGAAAUAUACAAGGAAAAUCCAUUUUUCAAUAAUGGAAACAUUGGAGGUUCUAGACCUUCUAACAUAUCACCAUUGCAUCCCACUCAAAAUACCCCAACCGAGUCUUCUAGCUUCGAAUCUUCUGACACUGAUGUCGAUUUUCCAGAAGAUUUUGAUUUAGCUUUAAAGAACGGUAAACAAUCUACUAGACCUUUCGAUGAUGUUUGUGGACAAUCAAUAAGCACAAAUCAUUUAAUUUUCAAUGGACGCGCCGUUCCCAGAGGUGCGUAUCCGUGGUUAGUGGCAGUAUUCCAGGUUAAAACCACUGGAUUGAAUUAUAUUUGCAGUGGGUCUCUGAUUUCUAACAAGCACAUUGUAACAGCUGCACAUUGCGUAGAAAGUGACAGAAAAAAGCUCAGACCUCAAGAGCUUUUAUUAAUUCUGGGUAAACUGAAUAUCCAUAAGUGGAUACCCGUAAAAGGAGAAAAAAUAGUGGAACCUGUGUCUAUAACGAUUCAUCCUGAUUACGAGAGUUUGACCAGCGAUGCCGAUAUCGCUGUAUUAAUACUUGACGAAGCUCUGCAGUUUACAAAAUAUAUAAGACCUAUUUGCCUCUGGAAGGGAGAUACAGAUUUAGACUAUAUUGCAGGGCAAUUUGGUACAGUAGUUGGUUGGGGAAAAGACGAACACGGCGUUUUAAUGACUGAAGAACCAAAACAGACUGACUUACCAGUAGUGACACAAGAAAAAUGCCUGGCUAGUAAUUUACAAUUUCAUUACAUUACAUCCAAUAGAACAUUUUGUGCAGGUUUCCGAAAUGGAACCGGUCCGUGUAAUGGGGACAGUGGAGGAGGAUUCAUAAUGAAAUUGAAUGGAAAAUGGAUAUUGAGAGGAAUCGUCUCAUUAUCAAUUUCGGAAACGAAUACUAGAAGCUGUGAUCUAUCAAAUUAUGUUGUUUUCACCGACGCUAGUAAAUUUUUAGAUUGGUUAUUGACCUUUCUUGAAUAAAAUUAGAAUUUAUGAUGA